AUGGUGGGCAGUGUGUGGGCAGCUCUGGGGCUUUCCCUCACCUGCAUCUCAGCCCUCAGCCUCAUCUCCCCUGCCUGGUUCCAGACCACCACCUUCUCCUUCGGUGUCUUCACCUACUGUUCCUGGCCUCAGGGUGACCGCUGGAACCAGAGCUGUGGGACCUUCAGGUCUCUGGAUAAUAUUCCUGACUUUGCCUGGAAGGUGUCAGCUGCGAUGCUCCUUGGAGGCUGGCUCCUACUGGCCUUCAAUGCAAUUCUCCUCCUGUCCUGGGCCCUGGCCCCAAAGAGACUGUGCCCAAGGAGGGGCAGUGGCCCAAUGCUGGGGGUGCAAGCAGCAGCAGCCAUUGCCACCAUUGUGGGCCUGCUGGUUUUCCCCAUCAGCUUGGCCUCCCCAUUCGCCAAGGAAGCCUGCUUAGUCUCCUCCAUGUACUGCAGUGGUCAAUGCCAGCUGGGCUGGGGCUACGUGACUGCCAUCCUCAAUGCAGUCCUGGCUAGCCUCCUGCCCGUGAUCAAGUGGCCCCACGUGACUGAGGUCCAGCAAAGGACCAUCCUCUUCUCCAGUGACACUCAGAGCAUCAUUCUUAUGCCAGAAAUGAGCAAAUAA